GCGGUCGCAGGUUGCAGCAGCACGGGGCCUCAGCUGAUGCGGUCGUUGUGCUGCCCCUCCCCCACCCUGACCCCGCGGCGGCCCAGCGCUGCAGGCCCGUCGCUCCAGCUCCAGCACCCGGGACUGCGGACUCCGUGACCCUGUCCCCGGGCCUGUCCGCGCCGGAGCAGUUCGGGACUGCGCAGCACCCCGCGUGCCGACAUGGGAAAGUCUUUUUCUCAUUUGCCUUUGCAUUCACACAAAGAAGAUGCUUAUGAUGGAGUCACAUCAACUGAAAAUAUGAGGAAUGGAUUGGUGAAUGGUGAAGUCCAUAAUGAAGAUGGAAGAAGUGGCGAUGUCUCUCAGUUUCCAUAUGUGGAAUUUACAGGAAGAGAUAGUGUCACUUGCCCCACUUGUCAAGGAACAGGAAGAAUUCCUAGGGGGCAGGAAAACCAACUGGUGGCAUUGAUUCCAUACAGUGAUCAGAGAUUAAGGCCAAGAAGAACAAAACUGUACGUGAUGGCUUCUGUGUUUGUUUGUCUGCUUCUUUCUGGAUUGGCUGUGUUCUUCCUUUUCCCUCGCUCUAUCGACGUGAAAUACAUUGGCGUAAAAUCAGCAUACGUCAGUUAUGAUGUUCAAAAGCGUACAAUAUAUUUAAAUAUCACAAACACACUAAAUAUUACAAACAAUAAUUAUUAUUCUGUUGAAGUUGAAAACAUAACUGCACAAGUUCAGUUUUCAAAAACGGUUAUUGGAAAGGCACGCUUAAACAACAUAACCAGUAUUGGUCCACUGGAUAUGAAACAAAUUGAUUACACAGUACCUACUAUCAUAGCAGAGGAAAUGAGUUAUAUGUUUGAUUUCUGUACACUGAUAUCCAUCAAAGUGCAUAACAUUGUACUCAUGAUGCAAGUUACAGUAACAACAACUUACUUUGGACACUCAGAGCAGAUAUCCCAGGAGAGGUACCAGUAUGUUGAUUGUGGAAGGAACACAACUUACCAGUUGGGGCAGUCUGAAUAUCUAAAUGUGCUUCAGCCACAGCAGUGAAAACGAAGGGAUGCAGCCGGAGAAGAAGAGAUACCUACUGAUAUUUUCCAAACUCUGAAGGACGAGGUACUCACUUCCUAAUCGGAGACCUUAAAUUGAACAAACCUAAAGUUUACACUUCUCUUCUAAGAGUACAGCUAAAAGUAUGUGGACUUGCAGGUUAUUACAACUCUCCACUCUGUGUUCAUGGUAUUUGUACCAGGAUCUUGUACUUGAAUCCAAAUUUACUGAUUGGUUUUCUUCUCUUCUGGUCCGCAAGUGGAAAACUAAGACUUCUACAGAACAGUAACUAAUUAUUUAAAAUUCACAGCUCUAACCACUACUAAAAGCAUAAUUUUGGUAAACAUAAUUUGAGAAACUUUAUUUCUGAAUGUUUUUAUAGAAUAUUACCGAGGGCCUAAUAUUCAUGAAAGACUUUUAAAUAACUUUUUUUCCUCUUUUAUAAAUUCCCAUUGCUACUUGGUAGUACUUCAGGUGUAUGCUAUUUUAGCUGUUAGCUAAACGAUUUUAUUUUCUCAUUUGAAAUUCUACUCAUCUGCAUGUUUUUGUCAGUCUUAUUUCAAGCUAGUGCUUGCAUAACACUUAUAAACCAAAAUAAUCUUUGCAAAAUUCUGUACCUAAAUUUUUUAAAAACCCUUAAAUGGUGUGUUUCACAUGUCUUUCCAUAUUAGAAUUCUGCAAGAUUUUUGUGUAAUCUUCAAACAAUCAUUUAAUGUACAGUAUUGUAAAUAAAUUGUGCAUGGCUUUUAUAUAGCUUUAAAUAAAUGUCAAAGUGGUACAGAUUCAGAGUAAAGUAAGUUGCUCAUAAAAAUAAAUAAAAUGAAAUUUAGAAACCUAAAGAAUGUGAAUAUGGUUCCAGUUACAUAUUGGGUCAGGCUAAAGUAGAUUUAAAAUAGAAUAUUUUAAUGUUCCACUUUUUUAACAUUGCUUUUCAUAUUAAAGAAUCAUGAAGACACUUAAGUUUUCACAACUAUUAGAUACCCAAGUCAUCAAUUUUAUGAAUAUUUUAGAGGAAGAAAUUCUUUGGUAGAAGUUAUCCAAGAAAUCCUGCCAUUAAAUGAUGGUGGCUAGAUCAAAAUAAAACCUAUAUUAUGCUUUUAAAAUUUUUAUCAUUUUGCACAUCACAUUGAUAUAAUGCCUCUAGUAACAUUUUUAAAGACUUCAUUUUGGUUUGGAUUUUAUUUAAAGUUGUUUUCAGGUGUAAAUUAUUAACUUACUCACUUUGCUGUUUUAUAUUUUUCAAUACCAUUUUCCAUUUGGGCUUUUUGCCUUUUCACUUACCAAAUUUGGAGUACCUUUUAAAUACAAACCACUGAGCAUAGGGGCUGACUAUGAUACCAAAAACAGUAAGUGGCUUGAGAUUAAUUUCUUUCUGUUUCCUAGUGACAGGAAUCAGGUUCCUCCUCUCCCCGUCCCCCAAAGUGCCUAACUUAGGUCUGAAACAUUUAUCAGUCUGGCUCUCUCAACUAUAAAACAUAAGCUUUAUUUACUUUAAUUAGAGCUACUGAAGCCCUCCUUUCUGCCUUUAAACACACUCAGGUCUCCCCUUACCUUUCACAUCAUUUUCUCUAAGUUUUCCUGAGUGAACAUUUAAAAAUGGGUGAAACGCACUGACUUUUUUUUUUUUUACUACUUAGUUUAGUCUUCCCUUAGCAUUGCUAACUCAUCUGUCCUUACUAUUAAAGUCACCCCAUUCAAUUUAUUCUGAACUUCGUAGUCCAACCCAAUCUUUAAUUUUUUUCCGCUGUUUUUUGACUACUCUCCUUCUCCUUGAAACUGCACAAUUCCCUAAUGUAUGUAUUCUAUUUAUGUAUUAAAAACAUAAAUGUCAUGUCAUUCUCAUUUUAUUUUUCUUCAUUCUCUAUCUUUUGAUAUCUUUUAAUGAGUAGUAUCUAGACCUCUUCUGCCACAGAUUUUCUACUCCUGUGACUUUAGCAAUCACCUACUCGGCUUUCCAGAUGUAUUUCUACAUACCUGACCAAUCACCUAUCUAGUUUCUUAUUUAGCUAAUACCUUAGAGAUAACAGUAUUUCAGUGACUGUGUAAAAUCAAAAACUGGUGAAAAAAAUUUUAUCAUAUUUUGUUUUGUUCUCACCUUGUCCCUCAUGUCCCAUUUCUUCGAAGUCAUUCUUCAGUUCUACCUCCUUCAGAAAUUAAUCCUGAUUAAUUUUCUUGCUUUAUAUCUUUUAACCUUGGAAAGUUAUGUAGUGUAAAUUAAAUGGACUUUUAUAUUAAUUUGUGGCUCUAAUGCCCUUUUAAGAGUGUAUGCAGGAUAUCUGCUGAAGAGUCAGGACAGUGAGGGAACGUUUGCUAUUUAGUGACUUAGUUUUGAAUAUUUUUUCUUUAUUCUUUAAAUUAAAACCUCUUUAUAGUACCUGCUUUCCAUGGAGUUUAAGUCAGAAAAAAAACUGGAAUUUAAAAUAUGUAAAAACACAAUAGUAGAGAAAUAUAUCACCUGUGACUCCUUUCAGAGAGGGUUAAGUAACAGCCAGAAUAAACCUAGAACAAAGCACGUUACAAACCAAUAAAACUAUCAAAACAUAUUCAGGUAAAGCAGACUUAAAACCACUAAAAAUGUCUGAAAAGAAUGGAUGAGACUUUAAUUUUUCUUAGGUCAUUGUCCAGUGUAGUUUCUUAUAUGGUAAUAGGUUAACUAUAGAUAUAAAAAUUUGCUCUCAGAUCUUACCCAGAGGACAUGGUAAAGGUGUUACAAAUUUUUUUUUCUGAUACGUCCAAGAAUAACUUUCUCUUAAAUUACACUUUUGAUAGGCUGGUCAUCCUAACCAAGUCUAAUACUGUAACAAGCCUAUGUGUUUUGAGAUGACAUGUAUAUAGCACUGUGCUCUUUUUAGAACUUUCAUAUGUUUUUCUUAUACCAUUUCCCAUAGUCCUGUGAGUCAGAAAAGGAGGGUGGUAGGAUUCUUAUCUUUUAGAAGAGGAAGAAGUAUGGAGAAAUUAAGGAACUUGGUGAAGAUCUCGUAUUUAGUAAAUAGUUAACUGGGGCCAGACCAAGUUUUUCUGUCUCCCAUAUCUGUGCUAUGUCAUUUAAAAUAUCCAUUGGAAAACACUAUUGACUCAGGUUGGUAUGAAUAAAAAUUAGAGAAAGUAUUCACAUAGUUAAUAGUGACAAUCAGAGUAAUACUGAUGGACUAAGACUUAGGCAACUUGAAAAACCGGUACCAGAAAUAUUUUAAGUGGGAAAUGAACACUUAGGAAAUAUUUUGGAGGAUAAUCUGUAGCUUAACUCUUCUAUUAAAAUUUAGUAUUCCUUGAUCAUUCCAAUAUAGAUAUCCCAGAUAUAUUUCUGAAAAGACUAUAAAUAAUCGAGUUCAUUAUAUUUGAGACUUGAAAUAAGAACAAAAAGUGGUAUAAGAAAAUAGAUACCAGAUAAAUUGCUUGAAAUUGCUAAAUAACCAGCCUUACUGUAGCACAUAACAUAUAAAUGACUGGCUUUAUUUGUGUGCUUUUUUUUCUAUGCCUUUUGUUUGUUUAGGCCAAUGAGGUAAUUAUUUUCUCUGAGAAUCAUGACAAAAAAAUAGAAUUCACUUUAGAUCUUAUGAAUUGUAGUUUGGAAAUGAUACAAUGCAAUGUUAAAAUAGAAGUGACUGCUAAAACAAUAAAGUGACUUCAGAGGCUUCAAACAUUAGCCUAACUAAUCCUUGGUGGUUCUUCUUAUUAUUGUAAUAUAAUUCUGGAUGUUUCAUUGGAGGACAUGUUCCCAGCUCUCUCCCAUGCCAUUUUGUUUGCUUUUUUAAAGUUUUUAAACAGUUCUUUAUAUAAUGGCUCUAUCUUAUUUAAGAAAACAGUUUAUUAGGUACUUGACCCCAAAGUAUGUCAUUUAUCAGUGUAAAUAUUUGUUGGUUACUUACUGUGUCACACACUGUACUGUACUAAUCUUUUACGUGCAUUGUCUUCUUAUCCCUCAGAAGAGCCCUCUAAGGUAGUUACUGUCGUGGCCCCCCAUUUUAUCUCUGAGGAAAUUGAGUUUACAAAAUAUGCAGAAGCUUGAAAGUGGCAGAUUAGAGAUUCAAAACAGAUCAGUUUGACUCAAGCAUCAUUCUUCUUAUAAUUAGCAUAUUUUCUUUCUAGCCUCAUUUUUACAAAUAAAAAUGUUUUAUUUGUAAAAAUAUAUUGGUUCUUGCACUUACUAUAUAAGACAAGUUUUGGAUAGUAUUUUCAAAAAUGCUAUUAAGAUACUUUAUUAUUUUAUAGAUUUUUAGUACAGUGAAAGUGUGUAUCAUUGAUUCUUUAAAUAUUAAUACUUACCUGUUAGGACUUUUUUCUUUUUAAAAGGUGUAAAAAUUUAAACUUACAAAUAUAUAUGAGUUUUCUCUGAUAAGCAGCAUGAAUUGAAUUUCAGGUUAUUAGGUUCUAAGCCAAAGGUUACUCACCAUAAUGUCAUAAGUUUUAGCUCAUAACAUCUGGAAACAGCAACUGCUUGGCUCAAAUACAUCUAAAAAUAAUUUUAUUUCUCUUUUUUGUAAACUCAGAUUUUAAAUGAGAUGUUUAUCUUAAACUAUUUUAAGGAAAAAUAUGUGUUUGAGAAGGUGCGAUAAAAAGACUGUUAAACAUUAUUUCUUUAAAAAAAUUUAUUUUUACAUGAAAACAAAAUAUAUUUGCAGUGUACUUCAAACAAAAUAUUCACUUCUAUAUCCCAGAUCAGCGUAUUUCAAAGUAAAAAUUUUCACUUGUCAGCUGAAAUUUCUGAUUAGAACUAACAUUUGUGUAUUUUUGUGCUUAGUCAGUAUGUAAAUUUCAUAGUGGAUUUUUGAGAUUUAUCCUUAAUUUGGAUAAAAGCAAGUGAUAUAUUUAUAUAGUUACUAUAGGGAUAAAAAUAGUAAUUUUCAUUUUAAAAAAACUACCAAUGUGAUUAUGGUUUUAGUUCUUUUUACAUGUGUUUAGCAUAGGCUUCAAAUUAAAAAAUACGGUAUGGUUUGUAUUGACCCAAAAAUAUUCCAUAAAUUAAUUUAACAAAUAUAUGGCAAGUUUUUCAUAGCUAGAUCUAAUUCUUCUAGAAGGAAGUUGUUGCCUUCUGUUUAAUUACAUUAAUUGAAAUGUGUUUAAGAGAAAUGUUUUCAGCAUAUUUUGUAUACUAAAAAAAAAAAAGGAUUAGUAUUGGGCCAAUGGCCAAGAGGUAAAUAUUACUACCAUGUAGACUGUUACAGUUCAAACUGUCCCACUUCCCCCAGAAUUUUAGAAACUAGAAAUCUGGGAGGUACUGUAUCAGCUGUAGACAGAUGAUUCUAAAUGAUGUAAGUACUAUUCACCUUUUAGUUACUGUGUGAGAUGAAACAAAGGCCAAGUUGCAAAAGAUGCAUAAUUAUAUUGUGUAAUGGUUUGUUUAAGGCGUAAAAUAUCAGCAAGCCAUGUCUUGUGUGUUUUGUCUCAUAUUUCCUCAUAAAACUAAAUUAAGAAAGAUUUUGGAAAAUGUUUGAAAUGCUUUCUGACUUGACUUGCUGCAUCACAUAUUUGAAUGAUGGCAUUACUGGGUAGUCUAACCCAUGAUUCUAAUUGUGGAAUAAAGUAUAAUACACAGUGUGAGACUAUGUUUGGGCACUUACUCUUUGUUUAUAUUAUGUAUUAGCCUCCAUCAUAACCCACUUAUUAAAUUUCCAAGUUGAGCAAUUCUGUAAUUGUAACUCUUGUUGCCGUUCCUGUUACAAAACAUGCUUAUUCAUAGUAAAAUAAUAGAAGUGCCCCAAAAUGCUAUUUUUUUAAUUCACUUGUAACUGUUACUCUUGUAAUUGUGUAUGACAAAAUAAAAUUUGUAAAAAUUUUAGCAUGAAAAAUAAAAUUUGUAUCAGUCAA